GGUCCUUUCUCAACACCAAAGAUUGACCCUGCAAGGACGGAGCGUUCCUUUAUGGAAGGAAGCACGAAACUGGAUUCGUCGCGGCUCUCUAGCGCACAAAAGGUUAAGCAUCGUCCAAAGUUACCUUACAAUGUUCCUGAACCGAGGUUUUCCGAUAUAUCUUCCAUACGUCCAAGUGAUGCAACUUUCUCUGUCGACCAAGGAGGUGCAGGCAACAUUGUUGAGAAUUCGCACUCGCACUUCUUGCUUCACACCUGCUUAUUUUGUUAUUUUGUGGAAACAGCAAAAGCAAAUUCGAUCAUCAACCACAAUCCGAGUAUGUUCACAAAAUCUUCGUCGUUCAAGUGUAUGGAUGAUGUUUUCGCCGAGUUGAGCCGAGAAGUUUUGUCUGGAAGUGGAACACCACUUAACAAAGCAUUUGCGAAGAUGGGCUUCAGGCCAACUUACAAGCAGGGUUUUGCUGAUGAUUAUAAUUACACGGUCAAGGAUUUUUCGGAUCUCACCGACGGAGUGAUUUUGGCUGUCCCUAGGGGAGACCGUUUGAGAAAAAUUGGCAAUGUAAAAGUGUGCUUGCAAACUGCUUGCGAUAGAGGAGUAGACCUAGGAGCGGUAAAGGCAGAAGCAAUUACGGGAGCAAACAAGGAAGCCAUUUUGAAGGUUCUAUGGAGGUUGGUGGGAGUAUACGUGGGAGCAGAUGAGGAGCGCGAUUUACGACGAGCAUCUCUAGCACUGGCUCAUCAAAAUAACAAAUUCAAUCUUGGCGCUGAUCCCGAUGACAUCAGUGGAGAACAAUUCGUUCUUCACAUAUGCAAGCAAAUAGAUAAUAUGGGCCAACUGCGACUGCAAUUUAAACUGUUCCACAAACCGUUGUUUGGUUGGAAAGGUUCAUUCUUUUACAUCAGUGGGUGUAAAAUGAUUUAUGAUAUAAGAUGA